UUGGCCCUUGCUAAGCAUUUGUGCUGAAGACAGGUUGUUAUGAGACUUGUGCCAUUCCCCCAUCGCUUUCUCUCAUCACAGAACCUGAAACAGGAAAGUGCAACCACCUGCCUCAAAGCUUUGCUCUGCCACCAAGACACAGUAUGGAAGCCAUUGCCAAGUUUGAUUUCACUGCUUCUGGAGAAGAUGAGUUGAGUUUCCAAGCUGGGGAUAUGCUGAAGGUUUUGAGCUCCCAGGAAGAGUGGUACAAGGCUGAGCUCAGAAGUCAAGAAGGCUACGUUCCUAAGAACUUCAUUGACUUUCACGUUCCCCCUUGGUUUGAUGAGAGGAUAUCCCGCCAUGAAGCAGAGAACCUUCUCAUGAGCAAAGGAGUUGGCUCCUUCGUCGUCCGUGCCAGUCAAAAUUCUCAUGGUGACUUUUCCAUCUCUGUCAGGCAUGAAGAUGAUGUGCAACACUUCAAAGUGAUGAGGGAUUCAAAGGGUAACUAUUACUUGUGGACAGAGAAAUUCCACUCGCUAAACAAGCUCGUGGACUACUACAAGACAAAUUCCAUCUCCAGGCAGAAACAGAUAUUCCUAAGGGACAACAGCCAAGAAGAGAAGGAGAGGCGUGGUGGGAGCCUGGAACGGAUGGGCCGGGAAGGAUUCCACCUAAGUGGAGCAGCUGGAGAAGAUCAUUCUUCUAUAUCCAAGAGAUAUGUUGAGCAUGCUAUCCCCAUACUGCAGCAGCAACAGGAAAGAUAUGGUGGGAGUCUGGACAGGAAAGAUGUGCUGCAUGGACUAAGGGAUCAUGGCCAAGGAAAUGCAGGAGCUAUGCAACGGAGACACACAGACCCACUGCACCAGCAGACACCGCGAACGCUAUGGGUCCGUGCCUUGUACGACUUUGAUGCUGUGGAGCAUGAUGAGCUGGGCUUCCGUAGUGGAGACAUCUUAGAGGUCCUGGACAGCUCCAACCCUUCAUGGUGGAAAGGACGUCUGCGUGGGGAACUGGGUCUCUUCCCUGCCAACUACGUCACACCAGUGCUCCUGUGAGGGCACAGUUUGCCCCAUAGGGCCAAGCUGGAGCUGCUCUUCUGACAUGACAAGGGACAGAGAAGGAGUGCAUCUUCCCUGGCCACCAGGACAUACAUUGGUUUUGGUUUUGUCUUAAUUUAUUGGCAACUUAUUUUUUUAAAUGUUGAUAUGAAAGGGAAACCUUUGAAGAAAAUAUUAAUUUUUUCCCCCUAUUUUUCACCUUCAUAAAGGGGAGGAGCAAAAAUCCUGGACUGUUCACUGAGACCUUGCUGGAUCCUCCCUGCCCUGUCACCUCUUUGGCUAACGAUUGAUAACUUCCUGCAACUAGGUUUGUUCUGUGGAAAAGCCCCUCAGACAAGUCAGACUUCAGGUUCAGUAUUCAGAUGGUCCUACUCCUUCCUUUUGGAAUUCACCCACAAGAAUUAAAUGAUCAUUGGUAAUCCCAUUAAUCCUUCAAGUAGGGAAGGAAAGUGAAGGGGCUUUAGUUUGAGGUUCAAGGCAAUUUGUAUUUUUCUAAAUAGCUUCUGGCUUACCCAUCUCCUACUGUGUGUAUGGACUAUAUGGAUAUACCA